AACCUCGGGCUGACGUACAUGUCGAUCUCCAGCAUCGUGCCAGGAACGUUCAACAACCUGACCUCGCUGGUCGGAGUCUAUCUUCAAUCGAACCGCUUGCAAAACAUCACGUCAGAGCAACUGGCGGGGCUGCAGGGGCUCAAGUACCUGGAUCUGUCUUACAACCAGAUAUCGUAUGUGCCGGCAGGAGCUUUGUACAACUUAGGGGGACUUGUUGGUCUUAGCUUCCAAGGAAAUAUGCUGGUGAACAUCUCUUCGGACAUGUUCUCCGAGCAACACGUUCUGAUGUAUCUUGAUCUUUCAUACAAUCGCAUCUCGAACAUUGCUUCAGGUGCCUUCAACAGUCUUUCGUCCCUCUAUUCCCUCGCCUUGAACGGAAACAGCUUGUCAAGCAUAUCGUCAGACACGGUCAAAGGACUAGGGAGUAUCUCAUAUCUGACCCUGGACUCCAACAAGAUCACAAGCAUAGCUUCUGGAACCUUCAGCAACCAAGUCUACCUUGCUAGCCUUAGUCUAAACGGGAACAACCUCACUAGCAUCUCUUAUGAUACCUUCAAAGGACUAUCGAGACUCAGUUCACUUUACCUUGGCAACAACAGGAUCUCCAGCAUUGCUCCUGGAACCUUCAGCAGCCUGACGUAUCUGUACACCCUCGAUCUGCACGGGAACAGCCUCACUAGCAUCUCUUCUGACACUUUCCAAGGACUAGCAAGACUGACAUAUUUGAACACAUCCUUCAAUCAAUUCUCAAACAUUGCUCCCGGGGCCUUCAGUAACCUGACGUCUCUGAACUCCCUGGACAUCUCCAUGAACAACCUCUCGAACAUCUCUCCCCUCACCUUCGCAGGGCUCUCAUCACUACAGUACCUGUUUCAGUGGAUCGAUCUGUCGUCGAACAGACUGACCACCAUCGAGGCAGGCGUCUUCAACUCUCUCAGCAGCCUUUCCUCCCUC